CAUGACCCGAAUCAGAACUAUGAAUAGCGCCAUGCUGGAAGACGAAGCUGGUUCAGUAUUAUAUAAGCAUGCUCAGAUGACGGGAGUACUUCCGAAGCAUACAGCAGCUCAUUCCACAACGUGCAAAUCUCGCAUUGUUUACUUUACUGUGAGUGACCCAAACAAAAACACUCACACUGUGACGCUGGACCACUGACUUUGUCCUGCACUAGGGUGAAAGGAGAGGGUAUUUGAGGCUGUUACGAAGCUGUUAUGUGAUUGUUGUGAAUAGUGGCAUUACGCGGUCAGCGGAGCCGUGUGUACCUUCACCCAACGGUAACUCAAGGGCAGUGCAGACAUCAAUCAGCAAGAUGCCCGACAAACCAAAACAGACCCUAGGCGUGAAAGAAAAAGGUCAAAAGGUCAGUGAAGACCAACUUGAUGCUGAUGACAUUGAUGGGUUGAAACAAAUACUGGAAGAGAAGAUACGCCGCCAUCGAUAUCUUCAAGUGAUUGUGUUCAUGAUCAUCCUUGGCCUUGACAUUGCCGACCUGCUGAGUGAUUGGCUAUUUUAUGCUGAUGUCAGCAUCGCUGAACAAGGACUUGUGUACGGACUGCCUGAUCAAGGAGCCGUCAUUGCCUUACUGUUUUUUUCAAUAAUAGGCACCAUCACAUUCAUAUUUGAAGUCUGUAAUCUCGGUAAGGAAAUCUUUACCGGUAAGCCAUGGUUCAAUGUCGACCUUGUGACUAUGAUCAUUAUUUGGAUGGAAGACAUUCCGCAGAUAGGCAUCAACGUUUUCAUUGCACUGUGUCGGGAAGAUCCCAUCAGCGUAUUUCAGUUGACAAAAGCCAGCGUUAUCAUACUCGGAAUCAUCCUCCGAAUCAUCAUCUCGCUGGCCAGAUACUGCAGCAAGGAAAGCAUUGCGGAGCUGAAGAAGAAGACGAAAUUGUCCCGAGUGCAUGUCACCUACCAUGUGUUUAUCAUGCUGGGACUUAUCCUCAACUUCGCCGGUGCCAGUGCAAUUUUCUUCUUCACCCAAACCCAGCGAGACCUUGAUGGGAAGAUUGUGUUUGAGAUACCAGACACCAUAUUUGAGGACAAGUACAAUGACGACCGUUACUUCAAGAACGUCAGCAUCUACUUCCAUCACCCAACCUUUGACAUCGUGGAACCAAACAACGCCUCUGAUGCUAAUUGGAUGAGACUCAUCACCAUCAACAGUGUACGGAACCUGCCCGAUAAGGUGGUCAUGUUCAACUAUGAAUACAGACACACUGCUUCUGAACUCCAGAUUGUCCUUUGGGAGAACAAUAAUAACUCACUGUGGGAGGCCAUAGAAUGCUACUCCAUCAAUAAGACGACAACCGUAAUAACCAAAGACUCCAACUGUGGCAGCUUUCUAAGUGGCGAUCGCAUAUCAAUCAUUUUCAAAUUUUCCUUCAUUCCACCUGACAGAGUGUUCCGAAAGUUAGUUUUCGGUGACAUCCGAUUUAAUGCUAAAUAUAGUAACAACAACGGUUUGUGCGAGUCAAUAUCAUCAGACAACAUCACCGACAGCAUUGAAGAGGGGCUGAAAGAAGGGAUUGACAUCACGGUUCACUACUAUCGGACAACUGUCAGUGAAGACAGCCAUAUCAUCCUGAAGAACGGCACCAGGUUUUACAGGCAGGAGGAUCUGGUUGACAUCACCGAAGUGUGGGAGACAGGGUGGCUCAACUGUGAGACCAAGGGCAGUCUGGCGCCCCACGUUGACUCAAACAUUGACCCACCCUGUUCCACCAUCUGAGGGGAAUGAUGUGGUGAGGGGAUGGAUGGGGGGGACAUUCUUGCUCCAUAUGUUGACCCUCACAUUGACCAACAAGUGCAACUCCCUGAAGAAGUGACCAUGUGAAUUUGGAGGGCAGCUCAGUUCCCAAUGUUGACCCUAACAUUGAUCCAACAUGUACAACCGUCAGAGGGACAUGUAAUGGGGUCGGCAGAUGGGGUUGGGGUCAGUCUUGCCCCCAACAUUGACCUUAACAUUGAACCCACAUAUAUGUUCCGAAUAUGUGAUGAUGUGAUUUUCAGGCUCAGUUCCCAAAGUUAUCCCUAACAUUGAAGAUAGCAUGGGGUGGGUUGUAGGUGGGCAGUUUAGCUAAAUUGUAAGAAGUUUUAUUCCCCACAUUAAUCCCAACACUGAAUCACCCUGUCAAAUUCUCUGUGGGAGUCAAGUUGGCAAAAGUGAGAUAGUCUGUCUCCCGAUGUAGUCGUAACACAAACCCCAGUUGUUCCCCCUCAGUGGGACAUGACUUCUCCUACUUGAUUAACUGUGUCCUAUUGGAGUGUGAAAUUAGUCAGAAUGUGACACGGCUUGAGAUAAUAAUUUGACCAUGUGGAACACACUAAUAAGCCCACAUUAAAACAGAAUGAAAAAGAUGCAUCUACCAGUAGGUUGAUUUCUAACACUGAUCGCAUGAAUAUUCAAUAAGAUGGUUUACAUGUAUAGAAUGUUUGUAAACCAUCUCAAACAUACAGACUGACAUAUGUAAAUAUAUAAGUUAGUGAGUUGGGUAUAGAGCUGGGGUGGACAAUAUUAACCCAAUAGUUAUAAUCAGGGCCAAUCUGGGAUUCCAGGAAGCCAAAGGGACACAACUCUGCACAGAGACUUGCAACGCCUUAAGAAGACUGGAUUGUUUGUAUAAUUUCAACUGAAUCAAGAUGCGAUAUUUCUCUUAUUUUUCAUGUUAAUUCAGUAUUUAUAAUGUCUGAAUGGGGGCAUUUAACAUUUAUGGGUCACCUGCCCGACUAUCUUGUUGGGUUUUUAAAUUAUUUCACUACACAACCAUACACCUGAGUGCUUGAUACAACUUGAAUACAUUUCCUUCCUUUCUUAGAUAUUUGAAAUACAUAUGCAUAGCUAGAGUUUUUUGUCUAUGUUUGGCUACAGCAUUUAUGACAGAUGACAGUCUAAUAAUGUCUCAAACACUCAAUAUAAACACAGUUACCGUAUUUGCCCUUUUAAGCGCCCUGCUCCAAUAAGCGGCCCUGACCAACUUCCAGGCCACUCUGUAGUUAAUCUGUUUAAGCACCCACAUCAGACAGUCACAUUUUUACAGUAAACAGCCGUGCAGAAUUGUUUAUGUAAUCCCCUAUUAACUAUCAUCGAAAAUGUUUCAGCUUCAUCUCUGUUUGAACGAAGAUCUCUAAAAACAAACUUUGUUUUGCAUGGUCUUAGUAAGCACCUCCUUUGUCAAUUUCCUAAGCACCAGGGCCGUUUAUUACAGCAAACACAAAUUACUGUGUAGUAGAGGUUUCCCCACUCUACACCACAGUUUGGGAAGCUGCCGACAGGUGAAAAGCAUCCAGUCAGAGACAUAAUUCCCCGUCAGUCAACAGCUUCUAAAACUGUGUAAGUGGAAGAUUCUCGAGUGAUUGGAUGAGGUAUUUUAAUAUGAUAUAUAACAAUGAUAUAUAAAAACACAUCAACAUGUACCGACUUAUGUUUAACUUAUUCAUCUAUACUCUGAUGUGUGCAUUUUCUUAUUUGAUGUUUACAUAUCUGCAUAAAGUGUAUAUGCAUUGCUUAUGACAUUGUGGUAAA